AUGGUAAAGAUGAACAAGAUGGUACGUAAAUUAGAGUUGGAUCUUAAGCUCUUAAAAAAAUGUAAAGAAGAAAAUUUGUUUCCUAAAUUCGUGAAAUUUAAAUUAUCAAAUCCUAGAUUGGGAGAUGAUGUGAAAAUUAAUGACUGUUAUUUAAAUAUUCUAAAUGCUGAAAUCAAAUUCAAAAAGAGACAAUUGAGCAGACGUCAUAGAAUUUAUAACAGAUUAAGAUGCAAUUUUCAAGAUUAUGUUACUGUACUUGAAUAUGCAAGAUGUAUCCGUAUUAUGGAUGGUAUAGUCAGAGAGGAAGUAGAGAAGUGGUCAAAGACACAUUCUACAAAAUUAAAAGAUCUUCGAGAUGCACAAGGUAUCGACAAUACAAUAAUUAGAUUAGAUCCAGUAAAAAAUUUAUCGUCACAUAUGUUAAGUAGUGUUGAACAUGAAGCUUUAUGCAACGCUUUACAUCAUGCCUAUCCGUUUACGAAUAUUGAUCAGAUACAAUUGAUUUCAAAUAUGGAGUAUUUCUAUGCUAGAUUGUUAGGUGUUAAAACGUCGUUUUACCAUUGGGAAGAAAAUCGGCUGAUGAAUUAA